AUGGGGCCAUUAUUCGGGCUUUUUUCGAUAGCAGCCGUCGCAGAUGCAUCCAUCGUGAAACUAUACUGGACAACCACGGCCUCGACGGUUCCAUGUGAAGACAAGACAUUGUGUGGUGUCCAGGGACCAGACGGGCCCUGGCAGGCUGUACUGGCUCAUGUCGGCACUCCUGGAAACCAGACGAGAGUGGCGCUGUAUCCCGCCGUGCACUACAGCAGCGAAAUAUUGGGAGCGGCCGGCGGAGGACGAUACAAUCCCGUCGGCUCGGGGCCGGGGCCGGGGCCGGGGCCGGCUAACCAGCAGCACGACCUCUUUGGCGACGGCCUGCAGGAUUACGACGCGGCCUCGACCUUUAUCCCAGCCACAUCCCGGGGGGAAAAGUUUUUCGACUUGCUGACUCUGCCGGCCCUCGGGGGCGGUCCGUAUCCCAAGGCCAACACCACACUGAGUGUCGCCAGCAAUUGGUCCGUUGCGCUUCACUCGGGAUCGAGCUACACACCAAAGAUUGGAACGCUGGGGUUGUCGCCCGUUGUCAACAAGCAGGCGGGGAAUGCCCACGGAGCCGAGCUUAUCCACCAGCUCAAGGCCGUGGGCAGGAUUCCGUCGCAAUCCUUCGGUCUUCACAUCGGAAGCGCGGGCUUGGGCCAGAGUGGAUCGCUGAUCCUCGGCGGUUACGAGCAGAACAGAGCACUGGGCGACGUCGCGGUGAGCAACAUCAACAACAACUUUGCGAGAGUCUUCCUCGUCGACUUGCAGCUGGGCAUCCAGGUCGGGGGCUCGCCGUUCCUGGACGCCAGCAUCACCAAAACGCAACCGAAGAGCGUGUGGCAGGGUCCCACGGGAAGUGCGGGCGAGAUCACCAAGUCGUUCGGAGGGUCGCGAGGCUCGGCAAUCAUGACGCUGAAUGCCUUGUCGCCGUCCAUCUACCUCCCCGCCGGCAACUGCGAGGCAAUUGCGCAACAUCUCCCCGUCAUCUGGCGCGGAGAUCUGGGAUACUACGGAUAUUUCAUCUGGAACGAGAGUGACGCGCAGUAUGAGCGCAUCGUCCGCUCGCCAGGCUACCUGGCCUUCACCUUUUCCGACCGGUCCGCAAAGAACGUGACCAUCAAGCUGCCGUUUGCGCUGCUGAACCUCAAGCUCGAGCCUCCGAUUGUCGAGACGCCGAUGCGCUAUUUCCCGUGCGCAUCCAUGGGCCAAAACCAGACUUUCUGGCAACUGGGCAGGGCCUUCCUGCAGGGGGCCUUUCUCGGGCUCAACUUUGACAGCGGGGUUAGUUUUUUGGCGCAGGCGCCAGGGCCGGACUCUGAGCAAUCGGUUGCUCAAGAGAUGGGUGUCAACGACGAGAGCAUACAGACGAAUCCGAUUUCCUCGUUUGAAAAGACGUGGGAAUCGCACUGGACGGUGCUGCCCGAGGCCGGACCUCGAUCUGAGGGGGGCGGCCGGAUUGCCGGGAUUGUGCUUGGGAGCUGUGUAGCUGUGGCGUCGGUGACGGCGAGUUUCCUCUGCUGGAGGAGACGCGGCAGAAGCGACGAUGACGGGGACGAUGAUAACAAGCACAACGGUGGUGAUAAUGAUGUGGUGAGCGACUCGGAGAAGACGCCGACUGUUUAUGAAGUGGCGGGGACUGAGGUGCCUCUGGAGCUGGGGGUUCCCUCGGUCGUGCAUGAACUGCCGUUACGCCAGCCGAGGUUUUCGUGGGAGGUGACGUGA